AUGUAUAAAUCAGUUUUUGUUGUUUUCUUCUUAAGUUUAUUUAUUAACAAAGGAGACAGUUUAUACUGUUACAGAUGUAACAGUAAUCAUCCUGGGUGUGGCACACCUUUAAAUUGGUUAUGGUAUUGGGGAGAAACUUGUCCAGAAUAUGAUGAUAAAUGUGUAAAAAUUAUUGAAAGAAAAGGAGCUGAAACAAUUAUAACACGGGAAUGUUUGAGCUCUGUUCGUAGCUUUAGAACAGAUAUUCCAGCUGAUCGGUAUGAAGGUUGUCGACCUGCUGCUAAAGAUUUUAACUUAGGACAUUAUGUAAACAAUUCCAUUCAUCAAUUAGAUAUUCAUCGAGAUUACUAUGAUGAAGUAACAUGGUGUUUUUGUUACUUCGAUCAUAGAUGUAACAGUGCUACUACAGUUACUGUUUCAACAAUAUUAAUGCUUGUAGGUAUUGCAGUACAACAAUUUACUACCUAAAAUUUUUAAACAU